AUACAGCAGGUUCUAACAGGUGACGCGCGAAAUUAUGUCGCCAUAAAUAGCUUUUAUAUGUAAGUGCUUGACUUUUGGAUACUUUCAGGUUUUUUCACAAUGCUUAUUUUAAUGAACAAUCGGGUGGCGCAGCGUUUUGUAUGCUGACACUUGUAGUGUCUCAAGUUUAAUUUUGUAGUCGGAAGUAUUUUGUGGAGUGGUGGAUUGGGAAGAAAUAUAACCUCAAGAAACUUCUGUAAAUCAACUGACAUUUUCCUGAUGGAUAUAGCUGUUGCCGAGGACCAGCUGCGCUUGCUCUUUCACGCUUGUGAUCUGAAUAAUUCGGGACGAAUUGAAAAAGAGGAGUUCUUCAAAGUCUGCUCAGAAUUGCGCGUACGGCCCGCGGAAGUAGAGACAAUAUUUUCCCAGCUAGAUCUGGACAGAGACGGAUCGAUUAACUUUGAGGAGUUUAGCAGCGGAUUCCAGGGUGUUUCGGACUUCGUGCUCUGGGGAGAGAUGGAGAGCGAGGCUGAGAACUGCGAUGGACUCGCUCAGGCCUGGGAGAUGUUCCAGAGCCAGCUUGGGGAACAGGCAAAAUUCAUCCCCAGGAAUGAGCAAGCGGCCACUCUGUACCAGAACAUCCAACUGACCGAGCCACGCAUCCUACCGCAGUACGAACGUGUCAUCAUGAACUUCGUCAGAGAGAUCAAGCUACAGAGCUCCGAGAUGGAGAACCUGGCGCUCGCUGUGAAGAGGUCUCAGGACAAGGCUGCCAUGCAGCUCAGUGAGAUGGAGGAUGAGAUGGAUCAGCGAAUCAAAGCAGCCGAGACUAACACUAAGCAAGAGGAAGUGAAAAGGGUGGAGAUGCAGAUGACGCUCUGUGAGCUGAAGAGGCAGUAUGAGUCUGAGGUCUGCGAGCUGCAGCUGAAGGUUCAGAAGAUGCAGAUGAUUGAAGAUCAGUACAAGAAUAUCAACUUGAAAGAAGAGGUGGCUGCACUCAAAAGAAAAAUUAGUGAAUUGAAUAUGGAGAAUCAGAGGCUAAAGAAGGAACUGCUGGAGUCCCGCACAAACAUGGCCUUCCUACAGAGCGAGCUGGAUGCGCUGAAGAGUGACUACACCGAUCGCUCGAUCCACUGCGAGAGAGAAGAGGCACUGAUGAGAGGAUACACAGAUGAACGAGACUGUUUGGAGAGACAGAUAGAGAUACUGCAGUCAGCCAAUCGGAAGCUCCAUGACAGUAAUGACGGUCUGAGGUCGGCCCUGGAGAGCAGCUUUAGCAAAUAUAACCAAUCACUGCGUGGUCAAAUGACGCCAGACGACAAUGUCUCCAUGAGCAGUCCCAAAUUAAGACACCUGCACUCAUAUGACCGGAUGUCCCGGUGUUCCUUCCAUGAUGAGGACUAUGAUUCGCUGGCUCUGUGUGACCCCAUGCGGAGGCGGAGCUGUGAGGUGGACAGCCUACCAGAGAGCUGCUUCGACAGCGGAAUGUCCACGCUGCGCGGCUCCAACGGAUACGACUCCGAGGCCGACGCCCGGCAACACAAACCACGGCAACCGGAGAGCCCGGCAGAGUACAACUAUGAUACAGAUGUUCUGGAUCUCCCGGAUGAGGUGCCGUUUGGGUCGGACAGUGGCUCGGUUCUGGACUGGAAGCCUCCAGACCCAGAACCAGUCAGGAGCAGCAGCCCUGCAGCCUUGACCCGGAAAUGUCUGACUCCCAUAUCUGCUAAGGUGGACUCUCAGGACGGCAGGGUGAAACUGACGGGGUCUGAGCGCGUGCAUAAGAUCGUGCUGGCGGGCGACGCUGCUGUGGGGAAGUCCAGCUUCCUGCUGCGACUCUGCAAGAACGAGUUCAGAGAGCACGGCAGCACCACGCUGGGGGUGGACUUCCAGAUGAAGAGUCUGGUGGUGGACGGGGAACCUACAGUCCUGCAGCUCUGGGACACAGCAGGGCAGGAGAGGUUCAGGAGUAUUGCCAAGUCUUACUUCAGACGAGCUGAUGGGGUCCUUCUGCUGUAUGACGUCACGUGUGAGACAAGCUUCCUCAAUGUCCGAGAGUGGAUAGACAUGAUCGAGGACGUAUCGCAGGACAACAUUCCCAUCAUGCUCGUGGGGAAUAAGGCUGAUCUCCGGCAGCAGGCUCUACAGGAAGGAACCUCGUGUGUUCCCACCGGCUUUGGGGAGAAGCUCGCCAUGACGUAUAACUCGCUGUUCUGUGAAACGAGUGCUAAAGAGGGCUCCAAUGUGAUCGAGGCUGUGCUGCACCUGGCCAGGCUGAUGAUGAAGCAGUCCCGUGAGGACAAGGAUCAGGACUCAGUGACCAGCCUGUCCAGUGCGCACAGCAAGAAGAUCUCCAACCUCACCUGCUGCACCGUAUAAAACACGCACACCCUGCCCCUCAAAGAACUGCAUCUGUGUGUGUGUGUGUGUGUGUGAGGCUGCCCCUCACAGAACUGUACCUGUGUGUGUGAGGCUGCCCCUCACAGAACUGUACCUGUGUGUGUGAGGCUGCCCCUCACAGAACUUUGCGUGUGUUUGUGUGACUGUGUGGGUGAGUGUGUAUGCGCGCAUGAGUGUUUUUAUCUCAGUGUACCUGCAGCAUGUUUACAGGCCUCUCCAGGAGGAGACACGUGACCAUCACAUGACCCGCUGAGUCCUUUUUACACUGGAGCCAUAUUUCUCUCACGCUCGCACUCCUCACAGCUUUUUGGGUUCGGCUCCCUCUGGUGGUCAGCAAAAGAAAUACAGCCGACCACCAAAUGCCCUACCUACCUGUUUACAAGCCUAUUAUCGCCAUCAUUUUGUAUUUUAUUUGAGUUUUGUAGCUCUGCUUUGUUUCCAUUCAUAUUUCACAUGGACAGAUUCCAAAACCAAACCAAAUGCCAUCGAACAAGGCGUGCACACUGACGUGUGUGAAAGAAAUGUGCAGUUUGUUUCAUUAUUACAGUACUCUUCAUUGAAGGCACCUGGACCUUCAUCCUUAUUUCUGAUAAUUUUGAUAUAUUUAACCUUUAUUAUACAUUAUAAGCUCCUGUUAUUCGUGAAAGGUAGUUCUAUGGAAGGGUUCGAGAGUCCUCAGCGAUUGUGGGUUUCGUGAUCCUCCAGUAGGGGGCACUGCUUUGCACAGAUGAGACUGAUGGCUAAGUGGGCUUGUCCUGUAAUUUUGACUGCCAACAAUUAGCAGAAUGACACUGGUGCUAAUUCAGCUUAAGAUGGGCGGCCUGUAGCGUAGUGGUUAAGGUAAAUGACUGGGAUACCCAAGGUCGGUGGUUCUAAUCCCAGUCUAGCCACAAUAAGAUCCGCACAGCCGUUGGGCCCUUGAGCAAGGCCCUUAACCCUGCAUUGCUCCAGGGGAGGAUUGUCUCCUGCUUAGUCUAAUCAACUGUACGUCACUCUGGAUAAGAGCGUCUGCCAAAUGCCAAUAAUGUAAUGUAAUGUAAUAUGUAGAUCCCUGUAUAUACUAUCUCCUCUGUAGGCCUCCUGUGUGUCCCAUGUAAAUCCCCGACAUAUGCCCCAUGUAGAUCUCUUAUAUAUGGCCCUUGUAGGCCCAUUCUGGUGCCGUUUGAGUCUGUGGACAGUACUCUUCUGUGGACCGUAGUAUAUAAAUAAGACCCUAUGACAUUUCCUCAAAUAAGUAUUAUUUUUAGAAUUUACCCAUUAAAGACAUUCAGACAGAUUUUAUUUUCUUUCCAAAAGACUACUGACAGUAUAAUACCUUUAGAUCAGUUUUCAGUCGUCUCUCCAUGGUGUUUUGAAAAAAGAAACGGCUGGCUUUUUAUUCUACUGAAUUGUCUCAAGCAUAAUAUUUUCUGUAUCUAAAAAAACUGACCUCAGUGAUGCAUUUGUGAAACUAGUUAUUGUACAACUUCUGGUAAAAAAAGAAAUAAUUACUGUUCUUAUUUUAUUUUAUUUUUUUCAGUUUUUCUAUUCCUAAUCUGACUGUUUUAACUGAAAAUAUUUUCUGUGCCAGAUCAACAGGUUGUAUAAAGACAAAAAUGUUUUAACCCAGAAAAAAUGAGCUGUCAUUUCUGCAGUUCUUCCACCUUUUUUUAUUUAAUCAGUUGCCAUUUUCUUAUAGA